AUGGCGACGCAAGGGGAGGUUAAAGAGCAGGUGGUUGAUCGCAUUCCCAAGCGCAUCACAGAGCUCCAGUUCGGCAUUCUCUCCAACCAGGACAUUGUCAAUCAAGCCGUCAUCGAAGUCUCCGAUCGUCAUGUGUACGAUGCCGUCGCCAACGGACCCAAUCGCGCAGUCACCAAGCAUGGACCUAUGGACGGCCGCAUGGGUAUCUCCAGCAAGAGCGCCAGCUGUGAGACCUGCGGCGAAGAUUUGAAAUCAUGCAACGGCCAUUUCGGACACGUCAAACUCGCCCUGCCGGCCUUCCAUAUCGGUUACCUAAAGAUGAUCAUCGAGGUUCUACACUGCAUCUGCAAGGAAUGCUCCAACAUUCUUCUGGACGAGAUGUCGCGGCAGAAGUACGUCAAGAGCUUGCGUCGUCCCGACCUUGACAGUCUGCAGCGCACUGCAGUCUGCAAGAAGAUUUCCGCCGAAUGCCGGAAGGUGAAGAAGUGCCCUCACUGUGGCGCAACCAAUGGCCCCGUCAGGAAAGUUGCUGGCCACCCGCUCAAGAUUGUCCACCUCAAAUUUGAUGCAUACAACAAGUCCAAUGCGAAGAGGAAAGAAAUGCCCCGUGGAAAGCCGGAGUUCGACAAGUCGUUCGAGACCGCAAAGCAGGGAAACGCGGAGCUCGACAAGCAUAUCCGAAAAGCGGUGGAUGAUAUGAAUCCCUUGAGGGUGUUGAACCUUUUCAAGCGCAUCAAGACGACUGACUGUCCGCUUCUCGGAAUGACCAAGGGAAGGCCCGAAAUGUUCAUUUGGCAAUACGUUCCUGCACCUCCAGUGACCAUCCGCCCGUCUGUCGCACAGGAGGCUGCCACCACCGAGGACGACAUCACCAAUAAGCUCGGAGAUAUUGUGCAAAUCAGCUCGCUAAUCCGCGCAGGAUUGGCCAAGGGCCUUCCUGUACAGACGAUAAUGGAGCAGUGGGAUUUCUUGCAACUUCAGAUUGCCCUCUAUGUCAACAGCGACGUCCCAGGUCUACAGGCACAGGGGGUUGGAAAGCACAUCCGAGGAUUCUGCCAGCGUUUGAAGGGAAAGCAAGGACGAUUCCGUGGAAAUCUUUCCGGCAAGCGUGUAGAUUUCUCUGGUCGUACCGUCAUUGGACCAGAUCCGAACCUGUCUAUCGAGGAAGUCGCAGUCCCGGAGAGAGUUGCUAAAAACAUGACCUACCCAGAGAAAGUUUCGAGAUACAAUAUUGAGAAGCUGCGCGGCUGUGUAAGACGAGGAAAGUUCAAGCACCCUGGUGCUAACUUCGUCCUGAAACAGGAUGGCCGCAGGCUUGUUCUCGAAAUCCUUCAAAAGCUGAAUAAACUGGACCAGACCGCAGAACAGCUUCAGAUCGGCGAUGUGGUUGAGAGACACAUUGAAGACGGCGACAUUGUCCUGUUCAACCGACAGCCCUCGCUUCACAAGCUCAGUAUUCUCAGCCACAAAGCCAAAGUUCGACCUUGGAGAACAUUCCGUCUGAACGAGUGUGUCUGCAACCCGUACAAUGCCGAUUUCGACGGAGACGAAAUGAACUUGCACGUUCCACAGACCGAAGAAGCCCGCACAGAAGCCAUCGAGCUGAUGGGUGUAAAGAACAAUUUGGCCACACCGAAGAACGGAACCCCCAUCAUCGCAGCCAUUCAGGAUUUCAUCACCUGCGCUUUCCUGACUACGAGAAAGGAUUUGUUCUUGGACCGGAAGACAUUCGCCCUGAUGUGCAGCUACAUGUUCAACGGUGACUCCGUAAGGGAUCCGGAAACGGGCAAGUACCAUAAAAUCGAUCUUCCUCCUCCCGUGAUCCUCAAGCCUCAAAUGCUCUGGACUGGAAAGCAAGUUUGGAAUGUUCUCAUGCGCCCAUACAAGGAGUCCAAGGUGCUUGUAAACCUCGACGCUGCAUGCAAGCAAUACAAGGGCAAGAUGAAGGACCUUAACGAAGAUGACGCGUGGCUCGUUGUCCGGAACUCAGAGGUCAUGUGUGGUGUCAUGGACAAGUCAACGGUUGGUGACGGCAAGAAAGACUCUGUGUUCUAUGUCAUGAUGCGUGACUUCGGUCCCGACUAUGCUGUCCAGGCUAUGAACCGUCUGGCGAAGCUAUCGGCACGUUGGUUGACGAAUCGCGGUUUCUCCAUUGGCGUUAGCGAUGUCACGCCUGGCAGGAAGCUCGUUGAAAGAAAGACAAAACUCAUCCAGGACGCUUACGUUGAGGCCAAGAAGAUCGUCGACCUGUACAAUACUGGAAAAUUGGAGCGCGACGCCGGCUGCGACGAGGAACUGACAAUGGAGAACAAAAUUUCCGGUGUCCUCAAUAAAGUCCGUGGCGAAGCAGGUGACAUUUGCUUUUCGGAACUCACCCAGUGGAAUUCGCCUCUUAUCAUGGCAAAGUGUGGUUCCAAAGGCUCCAACAUCAACGUCGCCCAGAUGGUUGCUUGUGUCGGACAGCAAAUUAUCGGCGGUGCACGUGUGCAAGAUGGUUUCCAGGAUCGUACCCUUCCACAUUUCGCAAAAGGCGGCCGCCUGCCCGAUGCCAAAGGUUUUGUGGCGAACAGCUUCUACUCGGGUCUGACUCCCUACGAGUUCAUCUUCCACGCCAUGUCUGGUCGUGAAGGUCUGGUUGAUACUGCAGUCAAGACUGCAGAAACCGGAUACAUGUCACGUCGUCUCAUGAAGUCCUUGGAAGAUCUUUCCGCCCAGUAUGACGAUACGGUCAGGAACUCCGCCUCGCAAAUUGUGCAAUUCCGGUACGGUGAUGAUAACUUGGACCCCGUGGACAUGGAGGGUAAGGCUAAGCCUGUGAAUUUCGUUCGCUCUUUCGACCAUGCCAGAACCACCACCUGGGAUAAUGAGGAGCGUGGGUUGCUGCCUGAGGAGAUUCGCGAUAUCGCCAAAGCACGUCUUGACGCCAAGCGAAGGGAGAUCCAGCGAUACUCUGAAACAGGCAAAGAGUUGCAGUUCAUUGAAGAUAACCUCGAGUUCGUUGACCAAAAGGAGUCGAAGCGUAACUUCUACGAUGAAGUUCAAGGUUUCAUUUUUGGCAAAGCGAACGAUCUGGAAAGACUAACGACUCGCUUCGUUGAGGUACAAGAAGACAACAGGCAAAAAGGAGAGGCCGUUGCAGAUGAUGUGGGAUUUUCCAACAUUGUCGAUGGAGUUUCUAAGAUCUCAGGUCGCUGCUUGGACUACUUCCUGGACCUUUGCCUCACCAAGCAUGCUCAGUCGCAUGUCCAGCCUGGCCACGCUGUUGGUGCCGUUGGUGCCCAGUCUAUUGGUGAACCUGGAACGCAGAUGACGCUCAAGACUUUCCACUUUGCUGGUGUCGCUGGUAUGAGUAUCACACAGGGUGUCCCGCGUAUCAAGGAAAUUAUCAACGCUUCCAAGGUCAUCAGUACUCCUAUUAUCACAUGCGAGUUGGAAAAUAAGCACGACGUGCGUGCGGCUCGUCUGGUCAAGGCCCGUAUCGAGAAGACGUACCUGAAAGACAUCACUCGAUACAUCGAAGAUGUCUGGUACGACGAUGGUAACUACCUCAACAUGCGCAUCGACUGGGAUACUGUCAAUUCUCUUGGUUUGGAGCUCACCCGAAACGACUUGGAGCUUGCCAUUCUCAAGGCACCAAAGCUCAAGAUCGGCGCGGAUGGUGGCAGGGUCGAGUUCUUCAACAACCAUCUGCGCAUUUACGUCCCUGAUCUGAGCGAUCCUCAAAGCGAUAAGCAAAAGAAGGCUGCCGCAACCCGCUCGGCAGCCUCAAAGGCCAAGAAUGCGACAGAUGAUGCCUACUUCGCCCGCAUCCAACUCUUGAAGCGCGCUAUUCCGGAAAUCGCUAUCAAGGGUUAUCCGGAGGCCACCCGUGCCAUCAUUAAGAAGGAGGACAAUGAGCAAGAGGACGUAUCACUUCUGGUUGAAGGUUACGGCCUGAGACUCAUCAUGGCAACUCCUGGUGUGAAGGGCACGCACACCUACACCAACUCGGUGCUCGAGUGUUUCGCUGUCCUAGGUAUCGAGGCUGCACGCUCGACCAUCAUCAAGGAAAUCGCGUCCGUCAUGGGUUCCAUGGACAUCGAUCCGCGACACAUGCAGCUGCUCGCCGAUGUCAUGACCUACAAGGGCGACAUUCUGGGUAUCACGCGUUUCGGUCUGGCCAAGAUGCGCGAUUCUGUCUUGCAGCUUGCCUCGUUCGAGAAGACACCCGACCAUCUCUUUGAGGCCGGUUAUCGUGGCAAGAGUGACGGUGUGCAAGGUGUGUCGGAAUGCAUUAUCCUCGGCCAAAGCAUGGGCAUCGGCACGGGUAGCUUCAAGGUCGUCCGGAAGCUGAACCUGGCCCAAGAGGAUGUGGGAAGGAAGGGCGACGCGUUCGAGGGACUCUACAGCUGGUAG